CAUGGUGGAAGGGAUAUGGUGUGUUGUGUGCACUGUAUGCAGUUUCACGGAUAGACACGCACGAGAAUAAAGAAACGGACUAUCCAAAUGCGGCAAAUUUAAACAUUUGCACGGCGGUAAUUUUUAACAAUUUCGAAGAACAGCUCGAGAGACCAAAAUGAGUACUUGUCAAGUAAAAACAUGUAAAAAUGAUCAUCGAAAAAAAGAAUUCAGAAAUGUACAUUUUUAUCGCUUCCCAAAAGAGAAAGCGUUAAUGUUAAAGUGGAAAGAAGCGUGUGGAAAAGAAAAUGUCGACGUUAAAAAUGGACGCAUCUGUUCCGCCCAUUUUGAUGCAGUAGCGUACAAAGAGUCUUCGUGGAUGCGACCUCUUUUAGGCUACUCACCGCCACAGAAAAGAAAAUUAAAAUCUGAUGCAGUACCCACACUGAAUUUAGAAUCAUCAAUUAGCGAAGAUCUUGAUAAAUCGGCAAUUACACCAAUUGCGAUGAAUACGAUACUGCCUGAGGAGCAGAUAGAAGUUUCAUCUUCAUGACACUCAUUAAAUUUGAGUAAGUAAAUUAUGGCACAUGAUGAAAAUGCCAACUUCUGUAAGAAUGGUUACGUUCAGCAGAGAAAAUUAAUCAGCGAGUGCUCAAUGAUUCUUUAAUAUGACUGAUUAUUGCCUUUAGUUCUCUUUGCUGUGUGUGUGUGUGUGUGUGUGUGAAUCUAAGUAGAAAUCAAUCACAUUGAAGAAUCAAUAGUUUUUCUCUGCUGAACGCAAAUUUUUAAUAACAUCUUAUCGGUGCUCCUGCACACACAGAAUAUGGCAAUGGCUGUGUUUAACAAAACGUUUAUUUUACAACUGUUGAAAGUUUUCUUCACUUUGAUUAUACAUCGAUGGCAGGCCUUAGGUCUGUUAGCAUUACUUGCACUUUUAUAACUCUUUGUUCUCUUUCUCUCUUCAAUGCAAUGAAUAUAUAUAUUUAUAUUUUAAGUACGAAAAUUUUUAGGGAUUUCAAGCAAUACAAAUAAAUCUCAAGAAAACAAAAACAACGUUGGAACGAUAUAAUCGAAUCGUGUUAUUUUUUAUAUUUUUAUA